AUGGCUAUCGUGGUAGGCGCGGCGCUUCAAGCCGCCGCCCACUUGAGGGAUGAGCAUCCUGGGCUAGCAGCUGGAAUAUACGCUGCAGGCGCCAUUGCUGCCAUAGUGCCGCACUAUGCCCCAGUAUUUAACCAAACUAGCUGGUCCCAGAAAGCCACUCAGUCAUUUGAUAUCAACGACAAAAUGGCCACCUCUUCACGUACUAAAAGGCCAUAUUACACCGAUCCUGUUCUUGUCAUGUCAGGGCCGCCCACUUGGGAACACUAUUACUUCAUCCAACCCGUCACUUACACUCGUACAACUUUAUCGCUUCCAGAAAUCACGGUUUCCUCGAAGCAACGCUCCCCGCCUCCAAACCAAACCUCCAUUUCCUCAACAGUGACAUCCGAAGCUCCCAUGAGCACGACGCCCCCUCCUAUAUUGUUGACUGAUACGAAGCCAUCCACCCAUUUGUGGUUGGGCUAUCUCUACAAUCUACCUGGUAAUAUCCUAAACUCAAUUUCCGCACUUGUAUCGAGCAGCAUUGUUGCAAUCAAGCCGAAGAUGGCCAAGUUAAAGGAAACACCAAGGAACUGGGCUGUCCUACAUGCUAAGUUGGCUGUUUCUAGUUUCUUCAGCUUUUUCACAAGCUCAUACACUGACUUUAAAUCUUUCGUGUCCUGGGCGCACGCAAAUGUAUCUCUUGUAUGGAGAGACCAUAUCAAAACCAGUGUAGCUGACUUGGCCGAGAUCUAUCACAGCACACGUGGUCAAGCUUCAUCUUGGCACUGCUUAUGGCGUUCAUUCAUACUCGCCGUAACUACCGUCUUGAUAACAUCUUACUGCUUUCGGGCAGUUAAAAGAUUGCAGCAUGCAAGCAUGCGAUUGUGGUUUACAGUUCCCAUCAGCAUCAUUGCCUUUGCAUAUGCAGUGUGGUCCACGCAUCUUGUUGCGUGUGUCAACUAUAUGCAAGACCACACGAUCAUUCUAGCCACUGGGGCCAUCACACUAUUAUUUCAACUUCUCUGGACUUCCCCGACACGUUAUCAUUGGAUACUGUUGUUCAGAAUCGUGGCCACAGCUAGGUACUGCUGGCAACAUGUUACUAGGUGGAUGGGUGGCGUUCGUCUUGCCCUAGGUCCCAAAGAGGAGCAAGACGCGCUGACCAGAGCAGCUGACGACCAGCAACAGCCGCAAAAUCUCAAAGAUCUACAGUAUUUCGAUUUGCGAUGCAGCUCAAGUACUAUGCGCAGUAAAGAACCAGAGAAAGUCCCGGAGUUCAGUGUGAAUGAGGAUUCAGUGCGUAUACAAAAUCUGACAACACCCAAAAGCCCUGCCUUCACAACGGAAACAUCUGUGAGCCCUAACAUCCGUCAUCUUCCCCAUGAUACUUAUUCAGAUCAGGAAAACACGAGUAUUCAAAACAAAACAGUGGCGGCUGAGAUCAAAAAAGCGAAAGCGGCAUCCGUCUCCAAACCGGAACAUGUCACUAUUACAACACCUGCUACCACUCAACAAUCCAACGAUGAUGGACAUGUUAAGCAGCAAACAGAAAGCGUUCUAUGCUCUACGACGGAGCCCCUUCAGCCGUGUGAACUGGAACUUGGAACAGGCGUUGCUUCUUCGCCGAUUUCUAAAAGUUCUAGUUUCUCGCGUGUAUCACGCGCAUCGCGGAAGUCCAAAUCCUCGAAGACAUCUUUUGGGACCAGAUCUUCUAGGCCGCCGCAAGUACGAAGAAUCUCAAAGAGGGGGCUUUCGCCAGUCCUCGAGCGCAGUGAAAGCAUUCCUAGCGAUACCGACAAUGCCGUGGAGCAGAUGCCUUACGAUGUUCGUAAUCCAAAUAUCCAGCAAGAGUCAGCACAAGAAUGGCAGCCUGAGCAGGGGUCUGGUAAACAUCAAUCAAUCGGGAGCCAGAUGUAUCACCAUUCUGGUAGCGCAGGGUCACCCUUGGAGGCGAAAAAUGCUGCUGCGUGGCAAAACGACUUCGAGCCUACUGCAGCUGCAGAAUUGUCAGCUGCAAGCCAAAGAAAGGAAGCAAGUCCAUUAUUCAGUGUGCCGGAUUCCGUAUUGCCAUUGGGUUCAUCGGGCGACGGGUUGAAGCUGGAUGAAAGACACGCUCAGGAUGAACAUAAAGUCGACAACACAAAAGGCAAUAUGCAUACAGAAGACAGUGUCUUAUCACCGAAUUCUGAUGAAGCCAUGUGGGGAAGCGACGGAAUUGACACUGACUCACUUCAUGGAGAACCUAUGAAAUGGAUGCCAACUCAACCUCCACCGACAUCAGGGAUGCCAUCUGCAUCCUCCGAAGCAAAUUUCCCGUCGCCCCCUGUGGAUAGUGACACUAAGCACUCGCCUCCCGAAAUGGCGUCAAAAUCCCAGGAUCAAGGCCAUAGCCAUGGCACAGAGUUUGGAGAUGGUGAUGCUGAUAUUCAAAUGGAGCUUGAUGAAUUCGAAGAUACCAGGAACGGGCCUCCAUAUACUGAAGACGUUGUCAUGGGAAAUGAUACGACUACUUUCCAAUCUGCUGGGUUCAACCUCCCUCACACAAACACCAAUGCAUCAGAAGAUGCUGAAAUGGUAGACGUGACCGACGAAAAAGGCGUUAGAGAUGGAGAUGAAGCCAUGGAUAUAGAUUCCAACCCCCAAUCUUCUCCCCAUGCAUCAGGAUCAAUGAAUCGGUUCAAUGCAUCUUUCAUAGUAACACAAGGACAGGAUCUGUUGGAUGACCCUAUGAAUUUGGACCAAGCGCCCGCUAGUACCAGCGCAUAUUCGCAACCCGUAGGCGAAACAUCUCAAAGCUAUACUGGAUCGAGCGCCUCCGUUAUGAAUUCACACCCGGAUGAUAUCUCCGAAUAUGCCAUGGACAUAGUUGAGCCGAAACAAGACGCCCAUGAGCAGAGCAUUCAGAAUGCUUCGCUACACAAUCCUAAUUUCGAAGAAACCAGAAAUGCAAUGUCCACAGAAGAAAAGCCCACAGCAACCGACGCUCGACCUACCCCACGCGAACGGGUUGGAAGCGAUUGCAGUGUGAAUAGCAAUGAGGAAGCAAACGUCGAUAAUGACAGUGACGACGAUCUCAAAUACACGAAUGCACGCCCCAUGACACGCAUGGUUCAACUUUGGCGAAGCGGCCAAAUCGUCGACAACCCUGAUUUCUCAGCGAAUCUCCAGGCCGGCCUACCACCGCUGGAAAGCAUAUUUGGAAGAGCAGGCCUGAUAUAUCGGGAAGUCGAUAUGGAUGUUUACGGAAUUUGGGGAGGAUCUGAUGACAACUUCAUUUCUGCGCAAUCAGAGAUACCGUGGUUUGAUUCGAGUAGACAGGUUGCAGAGCUGGGAUCGGAGGAUCAGUCUGCAGAUGGCGGAUAUGAUGGUGAUGGUGAUGAUGAGACGGAUGAAUACGAGGAUGAAUACGAGGAUGAAGAUGAGGACGAGCAGGAUGAUGAGCAGGGCGAAGACGAAGAUGAAGACGAAGCUGAAGCUGAAGAUGGAGAUGACGAAGACAAUGAUAUCGAUGAGAACCAAGUAAGCGACGAAGACGAAGAAUCAACAACGAGCGACAGCAAUAUCACAAUAGUUAGGCCGAGAACACACCUGAUCGAAUUGCAAAACGGAGAAGUCAUUGAUAAUCCAGACUACUAUCAUUCCAGAAAGAAAGGCGUCAAGAAGGUUGCAACCCGGUUUGGCGCUGGCAUGCUGUGGCGAAAGGUAGACGCGGAUGCAUACGCGAAGUACGGUCCGGAUUCCAUAGAGUUCAAAAACGCGCAAUCAAGCAUCCCGUGGUUCGAUGCCUCGAGCCAUGGUAAUACGGAGCUAUCUAGCUGGGACGAAGAUAGCUCCAAGGAAUCUGACUUCGGUUCUGUACUAUCUGACCCGCCUGAUGACGAUGAUCUCGACGCUACUGCAGUUGCGAUAGCGGUCGAUAGAACGAACGAAGAGAUCCGCAAGCAAAUUUUACGUCAGUCGGCAAGACAAGUUGACAGUGACAGCGACGGUGAUCAAGUCAAGCCUAGGUUUCCAGCUCGGAGGGCGGCGGUACGACCAAUUCCGGACCGUCCGUCUGAGAGCGAGUCAUCCCCAAUAGAGGAAGAUAUCAAAAAUUCACUGAGCCCAAAUGGCGGAAGGUAUGACUCGCGCAGCACUGGAAGAAAGAUCAGUGUGCCAAAGUCAAGGAUGUCUGUAACAAGCGGAGACAUGUCAUGUCCAAUGCCAGCCCCAUAUACACCAUCGCUUUCGACUCCUUCUCCCAAGAUUCUUCAGCGACCCAAAUCUUCGAAUACGUUAUCAGAAGAAUCGUCGAGUGACCCACCACCAACUCAUGACAGAGCCCCGGCCGUUGACAGUAAUGACAAAACCUCACGCAAGAGCGUUGGCUCGCGUAUCCCAACACGGGGAGCACGGGGAGGACUAGGUUCAAAAUCCUGA